CCUGCUGUUGCAGAACUACGACGUCGCGAGCUCGAAAGUCGCGUGGGAGCAGCCGGACCGAGUGCAAAUCCUAAGUCCGUUGCAACCAUGCGCCUCCGUGAUGAUGACAGUGACGCGGCGUCUAUGGAUGAGGAUGACGUACCGCUUAUUAGACGCAAAUCUUCUAUCAUUAGAGCGGCUCGUUCUGUUGGCCCAUCGUCUGAUGUCGCCGAUCGUUUGGACAUCAUUCCAUUGACGAGGCGGGCGCCCGCCCCGGUUGGGUUUGUUCAGCUCGGUGGACCAGCACCGGGAAUUCCGGAUUACCUUCAACCGACGUCGUCGACGAGCGAGACGAUUGAGCUUUCUCUCCAUUUUUGCGAUGCUCCAGCUUCCCUGAAUACGCUCAUCCCGAACCCGUGGGAUCGUCCCUGGACUGCUCCGGAAGGAUAUCUUUGCGUAUACGAAAAGCUCAUCACUGACUGCGGGCUGACUUUUCCAAUUCCGGCGUUCUUGCUUCAGUACGCUUCGCGGCGAAAAAUGGCGUUUGCGUAACUUUCUCCGGCUGCUAUCCGGAAUGCUUACGGCCUGAUUCGUUUGGCCAAGCAGUGCGGCGUCGAACCUCGUUGUUCUCUGUAUGAGGAACUGACGACGAAGAAGAAUUUCGGGAAAUCCAAGCCGGGCUUGGUGUAUACUCAGUCUUCGCUGACCCCAAAGUUGGUCGUUGGUGCGAAGAGUAAGACCAACGAUUGGCUUCGUUGGUACUUCUUUGUUAAGAUCGACAACGAUUCCGCGGGGGACGUGGUCGUCACGAAUUACCAUGGGUGGACUGUUUCACCCGGUAGUUUGCUUAUCCCUCCGAGGUCGAUCCCUUGUUAAUUGAUUGUCUAUCUGACAUAAUUUUCUCGUUUCUUUUGUAGUUCGUUGUCCCAAGAUCUUGGACCCGUAUCCUGAGAAACUUCGCGACGACGUCAAGAAGAUUCUAGCUUUGUGCCCGUAUACCUGGCCCAACGAAGAAGACCCUGUUCGUCGCCCUUCCUCAAAGUCCAAGAAAGCGAGUCGAAGAGGAGGUCCUUCGAAAGCAAGGAAGGCAAACAAGAUUCCAGGUCGGCCUUGAUCUUUCCCUUCUUUCUUUAUUCGUUCGAUGAGUGCGUACGAUUUUUCUUACAUUCUUCUCUCCCCUUUCUUUUACAUACCAGCUCCUUCAAAGACUAUGGGAAAAAUGAAUGUUGACGCGGUGGGCGAUUACUCAUCGAGAUACAAGAAGAAGUCGUCGGUGACGCCGUCGAAGAGGAUAAGCCGGGAAGAAGACGAGGCCAUGGCCUUAGGGAAACGUCUUUCCUUAGCCGAACACGAGGCUAAGGAGAGUGAACGACGAUCUUCAGGUCGUCGGGAUAGGAGAGAUGAGGGUGACCGUCGUGAUCGACGCAGUCACGAUGUUGUCGGUGCCGAUCGUUCGGAAGCAAGAUCCGACGUAGAGAGGGAGAGGAGGGAGAAGGAGGUGGCUGAAGCGCGGUCAGCUAAGCUACUUGUUGCCGAGACUUCUCACGAUGUGCCCCUAGGCGGCAGGGAGGUUAUUUUGUAUGACGACUCUCAGGUCGAGCCGACCAAGAAGCGGGCUGCUGAUGAGUCCGAACCGGUGCGUUCGGACCCGACCAAGAGACAAAGGACGGCCUGGGCCCCUGAUUAUAGGUGGCGAUAUGAUUAUAACGGGCGCGACGUCCAUAUCUCGACUGAUUCCACAUCUUGUGCGGAGCUGUUCCGCAAGCUUCACGUCGGUCCAUCUCCCUUCUUCGAGCUUCAAGAUAUGUGGGAGAGAACGGCGUUCACUGACGCUGCGAAGAAGACCGUUGCGGCCAUCGGCGCGAUUGACAGGAUGGCGUAUAUGUACGAGCGUCGUCUCCGCGUUGUUUCUGAGCAGAACACGGCCUCGAAGGACCACCAGAGGGCCUUGGCAGCCGAGACGAGGAGGGCUGAUCAGGCGUCGAAGGGCUUGGAGAGUGCCAACUCCGAGGUGCAGCUUCUUCGUGAGGAGGUCGCCAAACUGAAGGAGGAACGGGAUAACGCUCUUUCAGAACGGGAGCGUUGUCUUGAGGAGUUGUCGAAGUCCCGUGUUGACUUUAAGAACUUGGCCGAGCAGUCACAAGCCGAGGAGGCAAGGCUUCGGAAGCGGCGCACCGAAUACGCUCGUAAGGCUCUCAAGGAGGCUGCAGACCAAUUUCAGCAACGUCUUGACGGGAUUCAGAGACACUUUACUACCAGGGACGCGGCAUAUCCCAAGUUCCUCGAUUAUAAUCAGGCGGUUGGGAGCGUUGACCUGCUGAAGGCGCUGGCUGAAACUGGGGAGGUCGUCUUGAACUCUAAGGACGUAAUUGAGAGGCUUGAAGCUGAUGCGGAAGAGCUUAAGAACGAGGUCAAUGCGUUCGACAUUGCCGAGCUGGAGGAAGGCUGGAAUGGCGUCGGAAAUCUCUUCACGGGCUCUCUCGCUGCUGAAGAAACCGAAGUCGUUGAUGGUGAAGUUGCUGGCGACGUCGAGGCUGUCGACCAAGUCGUUGGUGAUGGCGACGCCCAGAUCGGAGAUCCUCCUCAAGAUGAGGCCGCGUCUUGAGUUUUUAUGUCAUUAUUUUUUUAAGUUAUUUGCCGCGUAGUCGGCUUUUGUAAGACUCUUGCCACUUCUGUUGGCUUUUCCUUUAUUGAAUAUCUAUUUCGUUUGCUA